CACUCACCAUUAACGCCACACGAUUUCUGGGAAAAAGUAACCUAAUGGCACUCUGAAUGUGUUUCAGUAGCUGUUCCACUCCAGAGGCAUAAAUCGCUCACUGGCUGACCUGCCCCUCAGGUUCAAACUGAAGUUGAGAAAGAGGCACUGAGCUGAAGGCGUUCAGCCCCCCCUGCACACCAGAGUAAAAUUAUGCCGUGAGAUUUAACCAAACCGUCCGGGUUUGUCUUUUCAGCUCGUCGCUGAACCGCUCGGAAGCUGAACAACAUGGCAGAGAGAGAAGCGCCCUGACAGAGAUGCUCCGCUCCGGAGCCGCCUGGCAUCCGUUCAUCAGCUCAGCCGGACAACCCUCUGCCCCUUCAUCCAGGGCGACUGUGGGGUUUCCAUGGAUACCGCCACCCUAGCCCAACAGGUGGAGAAUGUGGAGCGUAACAUUGCGUUCCUACAAAAGGAGCAUCAGGUCCUCCUGACCGGCCUCUGCCUGGAGAUCCGUCAGCUGAAGAAACGAUGUAACGAUUUGAGUUGUGAGCUGAGCAAAAGGCCUCCUGGAAGAAGCAGUGAAGAAAUAGCAGCUGAAGAGGAGUUGCUGCAGGCUCAGUUGUCAGAGAUGGAGCAGCAUUUGGCUGAGCAGGAGUGUUCCCAGAGGGAGCUCAGGGCCAAUCUGCAGCACAAGGGGGCACAGGCGGUGGCACUGCAGGUGCGGUUGCGGGAUGAGGAACGCCGCUUUUUGGAAGAACUGAAAAGGCGCAGUCACAAAAUCACUGCCCUGAGCCGCGACCUCCGCAAACAGACUGACAUUGCUGCCCAGCUCGCUUUCCAACUGCACUCAGCACGCUUCCGCCUCUACCACCAGACUGAUGACGAGGAGGAUGAAGGGGACACACAGGAACCGGGCUGUUCUGGUAGUUCUCCCCAGGCUUCACCUGUCAGAGCAGAAGUGAGACACCGCAGCCACUCCUCAGCGCGGAUAAGGAGGUCGGAGCGAGCAAGGGAGUGCGUGCCACGUGAAAGAGUGCUGGGGCCGGAGGAGCCCCGGUCUAUGCCUGACCCCGCCCUCUUCUUGUACCCCUUCAGACACAGGCUCCUGCCUCUGCACACGUCACUGGGUGGACGCUGGAGGGAGGGGGGGCUAUCAGAGAGGUCAGAUGGUCGAAGGGGUAGAUUAAGGACACGAUCAAUGAAAGAUAAUACUGGACCAGAGACUACAGAAUUAUAGGGCAACAUUAAGAUAAAUGAUCUUGCUAUUAAAAGACGUGUGAGUUACACUAUAUUUCAGUUGUACAGUAUCAGUAUCAGUCAGUUCUAAAAUGUCGGUCUUCAACGACCAUAUCUAUGGCAACCUGAUUAACCCAGAAUAACUAAUCAAAUUUAUUUGUAAUCAUGCACUACUUACUGCACCUUGUAUUACCCAUUCGUGUAUAUCAACUUUAUUUAUGAUAUGUAAAAAUGCCACAAAACAAAGGGAUAAGAUUUUGUAUAGUUAUUCCUUGGAUAAACAGUAUCCUCUGUAGUUUUUGGAUUACCUGUAAUUUUCAUACUUCUACUCACAAUUAGAUUUGGUAUCGUGUGACCAAAAGACUGAAUUUAAUAUGAUAAAUUAAGUGAUGGUUUGAUUGAUUUAAAUAAAGAUUUUUGCUUAUGCAAGCUUAGAGAAUAUAUGGACCAGAUGAAAUUUAGAUUUGAGAUAUGGACAUUAAAGGGGGUCCACUGAUGUUCUAAUAUGGUGCCAGAAGUAGGUUGGUGCAAUAGUACCGGCCAAUUAAAUAAAUAAGUAUAGGCCCAAACAAACUAAGUAGUCAGUGCUCCCCUCCAAGCAUACUGAGCUGUUCAGUUGUACUGAGCUUCACAAGCAUUGUUUUGGAAAGAUGAGGUUGUCUAAAUACAUGAGUUUCAGAGAAUGCACACAUUAAAUCUUCCCAGGCUGUAGCAAGGAAGAUACAUAUAGCAGGGUUAAAACUGGCAAACACUGGGGAAAAAAUGCCUUAUCUGAUAGGUAAAAUCUAACAUAAAUGAAAUAGUUUUAAAUAUCACAGUCAUUCACAUGAAGACAAACAGCAGCUGAUCUUCUGAUUGUCCAGUUAACUGUAGACAUUAUAUGUAUAUAGUUUAAGACCACAGACUAAAAGAGGACCUAAGAUGACUGACAUAUUUAUGCGUCUUGUAAACUUGUCACAGACACAAAUAGAUGCUGUAAACUGGAACCACGCUGUCAAAGUUUACUGUCAGUUUUUUUCCAGCUUAAUAAGCUGAACAAGUAGUGUGGUAUGUUAUCUAAGACACAAUAAAAUUACUCAUAUUUGUU